AUGGCUGAUGUGGCUGAGACAAUGCCACAGUUCAGUGCUGACGAGUUGUCCAAGGCUAUGGAUGGAGUGGAUGCGGCCUUGGACGACAUCGCUGGCAAAGUCACUUGCAGGUAUUGCAACCUCUUUGUUGACCCUAUGGAGUCUGUACAAAAAGGAGCCAAUUCGUUCACUUGCAAAGAAUGCAAGCGUGUGGACAUGAUCCUCUACCGCAACCUUGGGGAAAGGCCUAGUGAGUUGACAACCAUGAGCCUUCGUGACCAACGUGAAUUCUGGCAAAGAAGUCACAGCAUGGACGACGCAGAUGGCCAAGGCAAGUGGAAGCUCAUUCGAGCUGCCUUAGUUGAAGUCCGCGCCAAAGAGGUCCAGAGAAGAGAGAUCAAGUCUGUGGGUGGGGCCUACUUGCCACUGGCAGUCCACAUGGCCCAAGGAUGGACGAAGGAACAGGUCGAAAGCUACCAAGACUAUGAAGAACAUCCUGCUCCCAUUGGUCGCUUGUGGCGGGUCCCCGUCAAAUCAGUCAGUGUUGAGGACAUCAAGAGUAGCAUCGAGAAAGAGCUCUUGACCAGGGAGAGGACUUUCAAGAAAAAACGUCAGGCUGUUGACAAGAGCAAGGCAAGUGGAUCCAAGAAGUCACCAGCCCAGGAUGCCGAACCUGUUACGUCUUCUCAAAAGUCUGCAGAAGUCUGUGUUAUCAUCCCGACCGACAGUGAAGAGGAGCCAGUGAAAAUUACCAAGACUGCCGGCGCAAAGAGUGCGAAACAAGAAGCUCGCGAAAAGGCAGCCAUGGAGAAGAAGCAGGCUCGAGAAAACGAGAAAGCCAUGAAGAGCGCGCACACUUUGGCCAGCAAGAGCUUGGGGCCGCUGUCGAGCCUGGUGAACAACUUGAAGGCCGCGACAGCUGCCAUUGAGAAGAAAGGCAAAGACAAGUUUCAUGACGAACUGGCAGAUGCAGUUGCCGAAGCCUUGGAGAAAAUGGAGAAGUGGCAGGCUGAGUGCACAUCUGUGGCGCACAAGGUUCAGAACAAGCAGAACUUUGAUGGGCAUGAAGUGUUGUCCUUCAACAAGGCCCAUUUCAUGACUGAGACGAAAGCUGCCCAGGCAUUGAUGGCCGAUUUCCGAGUGCAGGUACGCAAUGUGAACGAGCAGAAUGCUGCAGCAAAGCUGCGGCCAAAGGCAUGUGCAAAGAAGCGUGCUCAGAAGUAG